AUGUCUUUAGACUACGGAAGACCCCUCAUUCCAGAACAUCAGAAUGGGGCCAACCUAAGGCCACAUCUAGACCAUCGUUCUGCGUUGGGACAGUCUGAUAUUUCCGUAAACUCAGUUCCAGAGGGUUUCAAAUCAGCCAAAAAUCAUGCGUCCUCCAGACACUGCUACGGCCAAAACUUGCCAAGGCCACCGGUGGAAAAGGCUCUCACUGACACCAGUAACUUUAUUCAAAUUCACGGCAACUCUCCUGGGCAAUUUGAGCCUACAGGCGAGUCGGACGCUAUCAGUUUGAGCAGCGGGGGGAAUAGCAGCCCGAGCAGCGCACGAUCGAGCUCAGAAUCGUUAGAUGCGUCAGGCACUGGCACGGCCACGGUACGAGAAAUGUACAUGACGGAAGCAAUGCGCAAGAGACGCGACGAGUGGGCUGAAAGGGGUGCCGCCAAAAUAGUCAAGGAAAUAGUCAAUCCCGAGACAGGUGUCAUGGCCAAGCACGUCAUCAAAAAGGGCAUCAAGGACUUCAAAUUUGGAGAGGUUCUUGGGGAUGGCUCGUAUUCAACGGUGAUGCUUGCUCGCUCUAACGACAGUGGCAAGAAGUACGCGGUAAAGGUACUUAAUAAAGAGUACCUUAUUCGCCAAAAGAAAGUGAAAUACGUCAACAUCGAAAAGAACACACUGCAGCGAUUGAACAACGGGAGGGGCGUCAUCAAACUAUACUUUACUUUCCAAGACGAAGCCAGUCUAUAUUUCUUACUAGAAUACGCCCCGAACGGAGAUUUUCUCUCUGUAAUCAAGAAAUAUGGCAGCUUGGCUGAAAAUUGCGCCCAGUACUACUCCGCCCAGAUUUUGGAUGCUAUAGAUUACCUCCACCAUAUGGGCGUUGUGCACAGAGACAUCAAACCUGAAAACAUCUUGCUGGAUAAAGAUAUGAAGGUAAAAUUAACAGAUUUUGGCACCGCCAAACUGUUGGAUAAAAAUGAUGGAGCAGACAACUAUGACCUCUCGGAAAGGUCUAAGUCGUUUGUUGGCACUGCUGAGUAUGUUUCCCCCGAACUUUUGAAUGACAACUACGUGGAUUACAAGUGUGACAUAUGGGCAUUUGGCUGUAUUUUGUUUCAAAUGAUUGCUGGAAAACCUCCCUUCAAAGCUACCAACGAGUACUUGACGUUUCAAAAAGUUAUGAAAGUUCAAUUUGCAUUCACGGCAGGGUUCCCGCUCAUCAUCAGAGAUUUGAUUAAGCGCAUCCUAGUCAAAACUCCCGAGUCAAGACUCGAUGCAGCACAGAUAAAGAAUCAUCAUUUUUUCAGUACCACCAACUUUGAUGACAAUAGCGUAUGGGAAGAUCCUGCGCCCCCACUUCUUCCAUACAAAGUAAGCGCAAAGGCUAUGCAACCAGUCUCAGCACUCGACAAGACAAAACCUCGGUUGGUUAUCAAUAUGCCAAAGAAACACAGUCGCGCGCAGACUCCCUCUGCGCCAUCAACGCCCGAGCUCAUCAACGAACCAAAGUUCUCAGAGCCUGUUAGAGUUCCAUCAGAUGCAAGAACUGCUCAAAUUUUAGAGAAUGCAAAAAGAGAAAUUCAGAACAGGCGCCAAAAUAAUAGAAGAACGACAAGCGCAGCGUCCGCGGCUGCUUUGGCGCUGAUGAAGAACCCUUCUAGAUCGUCGCCAUCUCCGAUCUCAAGCAGAUCGGAAUCGCCGCGCACUGCCGUCACAGAGCAUCCUUCAUCUCCCAAACACCCUCACACGGCCCCUAGCACCCGUUUGGAUAGGACACAUACAGCAACACGUAGUAAUAGUGAGCCUGUUUCCACUCCAGCAGUGCCGCCAAUGAACAAAACCGAUAUUUUGUGGUCAUUCUAUCUCAAAAAUAUUGACGAACGGGUUCUCAAAACGGGUGAGUUGGAAAUGACAUGUAUGAAGACUACUUUGCUAGAAAAGAGAUUGAACAGAGCAAGCGCAUCAUUGGUAGACUUUGAACGCAACCCUCAAAGAACUACCCUCCUGUCACAAGUUGCAAGGUCCGGAGGGGGAGUGACAGGUUUCAGAACUGAAAGCGCUCGCGACUAUUUGUCCGAGAAAGAUUACUAUUUUGAGUGGUCUAUUUCGGAUGAUGUUAUUUUAGACUCUUACAAGAAGAACGAAGCAGAAAGCAGUGAUACACAGGCGGUGUCUAAUAAGCUCAAAAAGCUGUUCCAUUCGAAAAAUGAGGAAACCGAGAAAACUGUCGAGCCUUUCCCGUCAAAUGAUUUUUUGAGAAGAGUCGUCGUGAUUACAUCUUUCGGCCGUUGUCUGAUUUUUGUCAAGAGAAUCAAAAUACAGCCGGAAACAAAUCUGUUCUUCGACCUAGAGUUUGACAUCAACCUGUCUCAAAAGGACGUCAAAAUAAAAGAGAUUACUGUCGAAGGAAUUAGCUCCGAGAUUAGCUAUUUGCAAUAUGUGGUGGAGACGCCUUUCAAAUCGUUUGUGUUCAAGUGUAAUGCUGGUGACUCGACUUGGUUGUCUUCUUCACUCAGAAGCGUUAAACUAAAUCACGAAAGACUGGCUGCUAAAGGUAGAUCAGAGGAAACAAGCAGUGUUGCCAGCAGAGCAGCCCGACUUGCCAGCCCAACGAUAGCAUCCACAUCGACGUUUGCACUAAAAGCUUCUCCUACUUUUGUAAAAGCGUCUCCGAAGGCAACCAAAUCUAAGUCACCUGUAAAAGAGCCCACUUCCGUUGCAUCUAUGCUCUCCACAAAUGGAUCCAAAUCGGAUCGACUAUUUGAUACAUUUGUUAGCAGCAAGGGUAAACAAGGCAAGAAGAUGGCAAAACCAGUGCCACUAUCAGGGAAGCUAACCAAUGGACUGCCUUCAACUGUUUCGUUGACCGACAGGUUACACGAAGCCACUGAUAUAUCUAGUUCGUAUGCACCGUCAAGUGCCUCUAGACCUAGUCAAAGAUCAGGAUCAUCGGGCAAGAGCUCUAGGUUACUAGCGAGAUCAGACCGGCCGCUCAGGAAGUGA